GUCAAACAGUCAUCUGACAUACGCCACCAUUUUUUAUAUGGCAGCUUCUUCUUUUCAGUAAACAUGGGAAAAACCAAUUCUCCACUACGCGCCAAAAACACCACCAUUUCUGGUUCAGCAUCACGAUCUUCGCCGUUGAUUCCAUUCCCAGCUUAUUCUCCGCUAGUAACCGUCCGUUCCUCAUUUCUCUUUCUGUCCUCUCUUCGUACUACUACUACUAUUUCUCAAAUAUUUUCGAGUUGCUUUUUGUGCACUUUAUGACAUAUGACUUGAAAUGGUGGUUUCUGAUGACAUGCUGCAUAUAAAAACAUCAAAGCUUGCAAGUGGUACUCAUUCUGAGAAAUGCUCGGGAAGAGUUUCAACUGAAAAUGGUCAUUUUGCCUCAACAUCCAAGUGUAAGCACGCUAAAGUUUAUGCUAUUCGAGAUUUUCCGCCAGAUUGUGGAUGGUUGGAUGAACCGAUCGAUGGACCAAGUGAACAGAAGGAUUUGCCUCAGGAGAAUGUUGCUACUUCAGAAAUAGAGGUAUUUCCACAAGGUGGCGUGAAAUCCUAUCCUGAUCAGAGCAGUCGGAGGAGGAUUCUAGGAAGGAAGUAUUAUACUCAGGAAGAAGUCACUGUCGUGAGAGACUUCCCUCCAUUUUGUGGAAGAAAUGCUCCUCCUCUUAAUGAGGAGGAGCGCAUGAAAUGGCUUGCCUCUCUAAAGAACAAGGGUAUCAAACUAGUGACCGUAGUGAACGAAGAAAAGCCCUCUGAAAAGACCAGAUGUACUGAUGGUAAACAAGUGAUUGAAGCUGUUCAGGAUGUAAUUGCUCUAGAAGGUCGAGCUCCUAGACUAUCAGCAGAAGAAAUUCAAUCUAAACCAGAGGAGCCACCUUCUGAAAAAAUGAGGAAGCAAGGUGCUUGCGAAGCUUCUUCUAGGAAUGAUGUGAAGGAGUGCAUGUACAAUAUAAUUGGAAACAGCACCAAAUCUCCUUGUGGAGCUUCUGCAAAGGAAUUUGAUAGCAAGUUGAAGAAAGUAAUUGAAAAAAGAGAUGGAAAUAUUAGAGUUUCGGAGGAAAAUCCUAUAUGUAAUAUUGCUCUGAAAGCAGAGGACAAGGAUUUUGAGACAAAUCUUUCUGAUUCAUUUGCCUUUGAGAAUCAAUUGCUUGAGGAGGAUCAUGAGAGUCAAGAAGUUUUAUCAGACAGGUCAAUUGUUCCAAGCCUCAUCGCUUCCCCUUGGUUGCACAGGAAAGUCACCUGCAAGACUGGUCUGGCUGGUGGUUCAUCUAAAAGAAAAAGGAUGAACAGCUUCGCAUUGCUAUCACGAGCUAAUACCGAGAACAAUUCUUCCACGAAGUGGGCUCAUCAAGGACUCAGCCAAGUGGUUAUUUGGAAUAAGAAAGACUCAUUCCAGCAGGAUGUGCUAUACACAAAUGAUAGUUCUGCUCAGAGAUCAUAUGGUAACAAUGUGAGCCUUCCUCCUUGCCGAACUAGUACCGGUCGUGCUAAUGAUGCAAUGACUAGUAGGAACAAAGUAAGAGAGAUAUUACGCCUAUUUCAAGCCAUCUGCCGAAAGCUCUUACAUGAAGAAGAAUCAAAGAUAAAGGGAGAAGGAAAGACUCUUAAGAGGGUGGAUUCCCUAGCUGCAAAGAUUCUCAAAGAGAAAAUGGAAUACGUCAACACAGGCAAACAGAUUAUUGGAUCGGUUCCUGGUGUUGAAGUUGGUGAUGAGUUUCAGUAUUUUGUUGAGCUCAAUAUUGUUGGCCUUCAUCGCCCAAGUCAAGGUGGUAUAGAUUAUAUUAAGCAAGGGGAAAGGACCAUUGCCACUAGUAUCAUAGCAUCGGGGGCCUAUGAGGAUGAGUUGGAUAACUCAGAUAUCUUGACUUAUAUGGGUCAGGGAGGAAAUGUGAUGCAGAAAGGUAAGCAACCUGAAGACCAGAGGCUUGAAAGAGGAAACCUAGCUUUGGCAAAUAGCAGAUUUGUGAAGAAUCCAGUGAGGGUGAUUCGUGGGGAGACAAGGUCUUCUGGUUUGUCAGAAGGUAGAGGUAAGACAUAUGUUUAUGAUGGACUCUAUGUGGUGGAGGAGUUUAAGCAGGAACCGGGACCACAUGGUAAGCUGGUUUAUAAAUUUAAGCUGGUCAGAAUUCCGGGUCAACCAGAGAUUGCUUGGAAAGUUGUAAGGAAAUCUAAAGUGCGGGAAGGGCUCUGUGUACAGGACAUCUCAAAAGGAAAGGAGAUAAUUCCCAUUUGUGCUAUAAACACCAGAGACAGUGAAAGACCUCCACUAUUUUUGUAUGUACCUCACAUGAUAUAUCCUGAUUGGUGCCUCCGUACUCCUUCCAAAGGUUGUGAUUGUAUCAAUGGAUGUUCUCAAUCUGUGAAAUGUUCAUGUGUGAUGAGAAAUGGAGGACAGAUCCCAUAUAACCAUAAUGGUGCCAUUGUUGAAACUAAGCCCCUUGUCUAUGAAUGUGGCCCUACUUGCAAGUGUCCUGCUUCUUGCUACAACAGGGUCAGUCAACAUGGCAUAAAAUUUCAGUUUGAAAUCUUUAAAACAAAAUCAACGGGCUGGGGUGUUAGAUCCUUAAAUUCUAUCCCUUCCGGAAGUUUUAUCUGUGAGUAUGCUGGAGAGCUCCUUGAAGAUAGGGAAGCUGAAAAAAGAACAGGGAAGGAUGAAUAUCUGUUUGACAUCGGAAAUAAAUACAGUGACAGUUCUCUCUGGGAUGACCUUUCAACACUAAUACAUGAUUCACGUUCAAGUUUCCGCCAAGUUGUACCAGAAUGUGGUUUCACCAUUGAUGCGGCACGGUUUGGUAAUAUGGGCAGAUUCAUAAACCAUAGUUGUUCACCUAAUUUGUAUGCACAAAAUGUCCUUUAUGAUCAUGACGACAAGAGAAUCCCGCACAUAAUGUUCUUUGCUGCCGAAAAUAUUCCUCCCUUGCAAGAGUUGACUUACCAUUACAAUUAUAUGAUAGAUCAAGUUCACGAUGAGAAUGGUGACAUAAGAAAGAAAGUUUGCUGUUGUGGCUCUUCAAAAUGCACUGGUAGGCUAUAUUAAGGCAGACCAUUAAGAACAUUUUGGAUUCCUAAAGAAGCACUGAGCUAUGCACAAGUUCAUAGUUAAAUAUGAAUAUGCAAGGGCUUCGUGUAAAUGAAAUGAAUGUUGUUUUUGGUUUUAUUUUGUUGCUAAUGAUCUUCUUUAGUGAACAUAUCGUUUAUGGAUGUGCAUCGGGUACAAACUCUGAUCAAUACACCUAUCACAUGUGAGAGCUUUCAUGCACCCACAUUUACACCAUUAAUCUUUGUAGCACAAUCAUUUCCACGUCAUUGUGGUUUACUGCUAAUUCAUAGAUGUUCUAAUCCGUGGCAAGUCCUCUUUUUUGUGUAAAUUAAACUCAAAUGAUUCGAAUGGAUUCAGAACAUGUUAUGGAUAAA